AUGUCGGCUAAUGAAGAUGCUAUGGUGGCAAAGAUAGCACUAGAAAAUGGGGCAUGUUUCUUCUUUGAAAGACCAAUUGGCGGUAACAUGCUGAAAAGCCUAUGGCAAUAUGUGAUUAAAGAAAAGUUAUUUAAGGUCCAAAAUUUUGAAAAGAUUGCCAUUCUCCAUGACACUACAAACCAAAAAGGAAAGCUUAUUGAAUCCAAUGAAAAUAACCCUGGAGAGAAGAUUGAAAUUGAUAGCAAUUCAAAAAAGACCAUGGUUGGCUCCAAGAGAAAAGCAAGAACUGGAAAAGGAAUAAACGUGGAUGAGGUAGGUGAAUUAGACAAGGGCAAGAGAAAAUCAACUAAGAAGAAGUAUAUAUUGGUGUUUUACAUGUUUCUCAUAUGCCUAUUGGAACUAGAAUGCUACCCGAAGGAGAUACUUGAUCUAAUGAACGUGACUGGUUUGACACGAAUGCAAGUUGCAAGUCAUCUUCAGAAAUGUCGUAAUGAUAAUUGGCGUGCCCCAGAAUCGCGCAAAGCUAAUGCUUCUGGUGCAAAUUCAGGCAACAAUAGUUCACAAUACAAAUUUGGUUCAAGAAAAUUUGGGACAAUGCCACGCCUAGUGAAAUCAUCUCGUAACCCUCAAAGAUCCCAUCCCCAACAAACUCGAAGAAACAAUGCAGGUCUUGAAAAUUAUUUAUCACUAAGUAAUAGUUCCUUGGGCAAUGGAGAAGGAGAGCAUACAGUGCAAUUAAUCCAUUCACAACCUGACAUGGUACCAAACUAUUUUGGAAUGCAAAACAUGGGACAACUAGGAACUUGUGGCAAUAAUGUUAUGUGCAAAGGUGAUUAUGUAAAUUCAGCAUCAAGUGAUACCGGGGAUGAAACCUUGGCUACUCUCUUGGAGAUGACUUCUAAUCAAAAUCCAGAACCAAUUUUAUCAUACUUCAAUAAUGUGACAAUGGAAGCAGAUUAUCACAGCAGUUCCUCUACUCAAAACCCAAUCCCUGAUGAUUUCUUUGAUUGUCUCCCAGACAUAAGAGGCCCGUCAAAAAUGAAUUAUAGCUCAAUCCAUGAAUUGUGCACCUUUGAUGUUGAACCAAUCUUCUUCAACCAGCAUAAUGGGCGCCAAGCCUAG